CACUUGUAAUAAUAAUUUAUUAUUAAGCCGGGUCGGCUCGGAAAUAAGUAUCACCAGUUGCGAACACUCGUUUCGUCGCGACGCGUCGCUCGUUCAACCGACUGACUGACGCACGCCGACCGUGCUUUUCCUUCCUUCCUUCCUUUCCUUCCUUUCCUUCUGUUUUUCUUGCGACUUUGUAGUUCUGGUGCAGUGCCCAAAAUGGAUGUGAAGUGUUUGGUGUCGUCGUUGUCGUCGUUGGCGUCGUCCAGUAUUCGAUGUUCAGUGUAGGAAGAGGAGAAGAAGAGCGGCGGUGUAACAAGAUGGUCCCUGAGGAAUAUGAGGAUGCGAGUGAAGAAGCAAACAUGAAAAUUUCACACGAAAAUGCGAAGGGCUGCGAAACGGAGUCGCCAUCCGACUUCAUUAGAAGCAUGUUGUGGCAAAUCGUGAACGACGCCGUCGAGAGCAGUUCGGAAGUGAAGAGACGCAACUCUGUGAUGGACCAGAUCGAAGUCGACAAACGAAAAACGCACAGAGAGACGAGUCUGUUCGGCGAUGACGCGGUGUGCGAAGUGUUCAAUCCGAGGAUACAUCGCAGGACAGUCAGUGAAUGCGUCGCCGAUGAGGGCGACAAACAGCCCUUCAAGAGUUCCUCGAACGUUCUCGGCAAGAAAAUCAAAGAGGCCAACAGGAAGAAAAAGUUCUCGUUGACCACGUUCCUGGGGAAGAAAGCAGCGAAGGACGUGGACAACAGCCAUUCGGAGACGUACGACAGAUUCGAGUCGUUACCGCCGUCCGAACACAAACUGAAAAAGUCCGUGUCUGCUUUGGAACUUACCACCAGGAAGCCGCAGAGGAGCAACUCCUUCAUUAAAAAAGUGUUGAAUUUGGGCGAAGAGUCGACCAACUUCCUGAAACGGUCGUUGAGCGUUCGAGACGUGACCAAGAAAAAGGAGUCGAGCAGAAAGACGUCCGAAUCGGGCGAUCAAAAGUGGAAACAGUCGCUGCAAUCUUUGGUGGAGAUGGACGUGAGCAUCAGCUACAACGACCUCAGUUUCAUCAACUACAAUCCGCUGAACGACAUCAGCUACGAGAACGAAGACCGAACCGAAGAUGACGAUCGGACGAUGACGACGCAAAAGUUUGAGAGGUUCGAGGAAAACAACAAAUUCAUCGGACGCACACAAAGCAUGUAUGUCAAAGGUUCGCCCGAAUUGCAAAGACCUUCUUACCAACGGAUGUUGUCCGCUUCUUCGGGGGAUUACCGGUCAGAUGUGCUCAACUUAUCGGAACAGUCGGGUGCGACAUCGCUGCCGACGUUGUGUCACUUGAACAUCCAAGAAAAGGAGACGCUUUCCAGUCAGGAUCCCACUCAGACGACUCAGCGACUGUUCCAGAGGAGGAAUCAAAGCAUCACGUCCGAAGACGGCUGCAGAGGAAGGUCUUCGGGAAGUUUUCGGUCGGCGUCCGGCGGAUGUGCGAAACUGAAGAGACAACAUGCGACCCGACAAAAGACCAGGGCGUCCUUGAACAUCGAGAACCGAAGGACACAACAUGUGGACCAACAAUCCGGAUCCACGGUUCGCUCCCGAUCGCUGAACCACUUGGACACGCUGGAGAUGCGACAGAGCGUGGUUCCGACGUCGGAGGGGGCGACGCUGAAGGACUCGCGCUCCGAGCCGGACUGCACGAGGUCCGUCGUGCCGCCGACGUCGCCCCACGACCACAGACCGUCCACGCCGACCAACGAACCCCAAACGCAGCCCGUCAACCGGAGACACAUGCUGAUUCGGUCGCAGAGAUCGAGUAGCGAAUGUUUCUACGUGACAUUCGAAACUGGAGAAUCGAAUGAAGAUUGGCAUAACGAAUCGCCUUUUCCCGCACAACGAGGAUUCACCUUGCAGGAUCAAAUUUCAGGUGUUCACAACAUCGAUUUCGCAAACAGCGAAGCCCGCUUAAUCGACAAGGAGAACAACAAAGAAACAAUAAUAUCGUUCAACGAAGAUAGCGCCAACUUACUCGGCAAACACAUCAGAAUCAUACAGAGAGAGUCGACCAAUAAAAAAGGGUCGGGGGGUUCGUUUUACGGCAACCACUCGAGAAAGCAAUCGGGGAGUUAUCGAUUUCGGACGAGCAGCACUGAAGAUUCGACGGCGUAUUCGUCCCACGACGCGGACAUCAGCAAGAAACAAAUCAAAACCAGGUUCACCGCCUUUUUCGGAAACCCCAAGGAUUCCCGCAUGGAAGCUCUCGUGGACCAGUUGGACAAGUACACGAAACUGGGAAUUCCUUCAAAUCAAAACUACAAACAGGGACAGUGCGAAUCGAUCGACGCUCUCUACAAACUGGAGGACGAUUGGAAGGACAUCGUCGAAUAUUCCGACCUGAACGAAAAACAGAGGCAGCAACAAACGGUCCUGUGGGAACUGAUCACAACGGAAGUGGCCUACAUCAAAAUGCUGAAGGUCGUAACCGAUUUGUUUCUGGCCUGCCUCAUCGAUCUGCAGUCGAAGAACCUGCUCAAGGAAAUCGACACGGCCAAACUGUUUUCGAACAUCACGGACAUUCUGAACGCGAACGUCAUGUUCUGGCGCAACACCCUGUUCCCGCUGGUCCGCACGAUGAGGCAGUACAAGAGGCCGCCCUGCAUCGAAACCAUGGCCGAGGGUUUCUCGCAGAUCAAGGACAUCUUCCAACCCUAUCAGCACUACUGCAUCGAGCAGGCCAGAUGUCAGCACUACUGCAGGGAGAAUCUGAACAACGACUUUUUCGUCACGUACCUCGGAUGGUGCGAGAGCCAGAAAGACUGCAAUAGAUUACGACUAAUGGACAUAUUAGUGCAACCUAUGCAAAGACUGACCAAGUACGGUUUACUGCUGAAGGCCGUACUGAAAAACACCGACGAGGACGUGGAACGGGAAGCUUUGUCCGCCAUGAUCAAGAUGGUCGACGACUUUGUUUAUCGAGUCAAUUCGAACAUCAGAGUUCGACAAGACAGUGAGAGGCUGAAAGGAAUCAUCGCCAGAAUAGAGAGCUACGACAUUGUGGAAUCCAAGGACGAAGAUAUCGACAAACUACUGAAACAGAACAAGACUUUGAUGCAAUUGGAUUUGCGUCGACCGAUGAUUAAUUGUCCUCCAGAGAGGAAGAGACACCUGCUAAGAGAAGGAGAUUUGAAACUGAAAGACAACUUGACGUCAAAGAUGGAGGUGCACUGCUUCCUCUUAACCGACAUGCUGCUGAUCUGCAAACCCUCGACGAAAAAGGGCGGCGCUACGGUGAAAGUUAUUCGACAACCUUACUUGGUCGACAGACUGGAAGUUCACAGACUGGAACGCGAAACGCCGAGUUUGUGUGUCGUUUACAAAAACGAAUUCGACAUGGCUGUGGCUGUUUUCAUCUUGCAAAGCAACGAUCCCAAAAUAAUCAAGUCUUGGAAGGAUGGAAUUGAAGAAGCAAGGAAAUUGUACGCGCAGGCGAAACAGAUAAAGCACGCCGGUUCGUUGCUCUAUCAGAGUUUCGACGACAACGUUUCCGACGACGCGGAGUACUAUCACAGUCAGUACAUCAUUCCCAAAUCGCCUUUGCCCUCUUCGUCCCGUGCGAGCAGAGUCUCCAGUCUUGCACACAGUCACAGCGGUUCCGUCGAGAUGAACGACCAGUCUUCGAUUGGCUCGACCCGAGACGCCUCCCGAGGAGUGUCGGUCGAAAACGACAACCGCACCGCAUCCAUUUCUUCGGACGAAGGCGUACAACCCCUGCCCCCCGACAAAAGUCCCGUAACCCAACAGAAAGCGUCCUCGUUCAAGAACCGCCUGUUUCCCAAAACCCCAAACACUCUGUCUGUCCAACCGUACGGCAGUUUGGGUCAAAGUCUCCCAAAUCUCACGUUGGGAUCACCGAACCUGUCGCUAAGUCCACAGAACACGCUCUCGGUGCCGGGCAAGAACGGAGGCGGACAUCUGCUGAGUCCCACACACAGAGGAAUAUCGUAUCCGCCACCGUCCCCGACCAGGGGCAACCUGAGACGCAGUCUGGCCAUUUCGCAAAACAAAAAUCCUCCUCUAAUUAAAACGAGACAGGUCAAUUCUGCAUCGAGUGCGAGUCAAUUGGCACCGGCCAGUCUCGACUUCGACGUACCUGUUAUCGCAGCAACCGACGAACCUUUCGAGUCAUUUAGUAGAGGUCAUCAUAGGCAAGCGAUGAAGAGGACCUUUCGAUAUCAUACCGCCGGAAUCGUCGACGAUAUCAAGAAAAAUGAUAGCAGAGACGCGAGCAUCCACAAAAGGUUGUCGUGGAACUGCAGCAGUCAGGAGCAGCGACAGCCGAACGAGGACCAGACUUAGCAUACAAUAAUCAAUCCCCUUGUGUCUUGUUUAGUGAUUUACUAUCUAGUUUCCGCCCUGAUCGAGCUCCGGGCUUUGUUGGACUCGAUCCAGGAACUCUUGUGAAUUUCCCUAACAAAAUUUAUAAAAAAUAUUGCUGCGCGACAAAGAUCUCCUCUUAUUAAUAGUUUACAAUGGGGUGGACCAAAACAUUCCCCCGAAAACAUUCCGGCGAUCAAACGCGCAUUGUACCUAAUCAAAAUAAUAAUAUGAAUAAUAAGAAUAAGAAUAAGAAGAAAAAAGAAACAAACAUAAAAAUUGUGAGGCCUAAUUUUUUUACAGAAAAAUUAGAUAAAAUAAAAUAAUUAAUAAUAAAAAAAACAUUAGGUUAGUUGGUCUAGAAGCUUUAGAGGCGGCGGAGGCGGCGGCGAACGACGAACGACACGCGGCCAAUCCGUCGACGGCAUUUGUGCACUUGUUUUUUUAGCCGUCGGCCGAGUGACGAGACGAGUCACGUCGUGACGCACACCUAAUCAAAACGAACGUUACGCCACGUUCCAUUUGUAUAUUUCAAAGCCCCAAACAAACAAACAAACAAACAACCUUACAAACAGUACAAUUUUAUAUUUUUGGUAUAAUUUAUUUUUUGUUGUUGUUCGAGAAUGAAUAUUUAUUUAUGAUUAUACACAAAUGUAUAUUAAACUACGUUAUAUUUAUUGAGAAUAAAUAAUACAUUCUUUGCAUUGA